AUGUAUUCUGAUCCAAGGGCAAUCCAGCUUUGUGGCGAUCAUUCAUCCGAUCGCACAGCGAUGUUUCAGCAGGCUGCACGCACGGAUCAGCUGAACGAGGAGAAGCGAGCCAAGAAAAAGGGCGCAGCUGCUACGAUGGAUCCGGCUGCAGAGGUGGAGUCCACCGUGGAGUCGUUGAAGGAGCGGCUCGUGCGCAUGGAGCGGGAAGAGCCGGAGGAGUUCGUUGAACAUCUGAAAGACUUCAGUGUCAAGACGCUUGGAUAUGCGCUGGUCCGCUGGUGUGCAUGCAACUCGCCUAGCUCUGACUCUGGCUGCCCUGGCUGCAGGAUCGAGUCAAGACUGCGUGCUUGCCCCAUGUGCAAGCAGGAGUACAUGGAGUGGUUCACUUCCAAGUGUCCGAUCUACAGAAGACUUACUGAGGAAGCGGCAGACCAAGCAUGGCUUCGCGACUUGAAGGAUCCGCUGAAAGUCAAAGAUCAAGUGCCCUCAAACUUGCCAGACGGUACACCGGGGCCGGACGUAAUGCGCAUCUGGAUCCAUCGAGUAGGAGCGGAAGGUGAAGAAAAGGAUCUGGUCCACUACCAGGACGAAGGCGUCAGAAAGGAGGACGAGAUACAGGUGAAAGCCCCAACCGAACUUCAACACCAGAAGCUGGCGGCUAUGGCACGAGACAUCAGGCAGUCCAUGAAUGAUUUGGAUGACGACACGUGCGAUCAAGGCUUCGCCAUUCUGGACACACCGGAGAUAGGCCAAGCCAAACUUGCCCUGAAUGUCCAGACGAAUGCUGCUAUCCAAUCAGCCGGGGCUGCCGGCAGGGGCAAAGCCAAAGCCAAGCCAAAGCCAAAAGCUGGCAAAUCAAAGCUGCCAGGAGUGGUCGCAUCCACUGUUCGCAGGGACACUGUGAAACCAUAUACGGCUGUGAUGGCUGCAAUUCCAGCUGCCCUAUCGAAGGCAGAAGAGAUGCUGAAAGAGGCCGAGGGUGCUUACGAUACGCUGGAGAAUGCAGUGCUUCAAGAUGCGGCCGUGAGAACCGUCCAGCAUCGUCGUGCUUGUCUAAAGCAGCUGGAUGAUCGCAGCUAUGUGCGGCCGACUGAGGCUUCUUCGGGGAAACUUCACAAACUUUUGUGUGAGGACAAGUUUUUCGCCGAACAAGGCUGGUCGCCUGAGCAUGUGCAGACCGUGGGGCAAAUUGAUUACACCAGAGGUGUGCUGUUAGACUUGCAGUGCACGGCAGAGGCUGUUGAAGUGCUUGGUGCCACGCACAAGGAAUCCCUGCAUGUCCUUCAAACCGUUGGGAAUGCCUUGACGACAGAGUGUCGUCAGUGGAAGUCUAAUCUAGCGGCCAGGGAGUUGGAGGAGAAGGCAAAGGCAAAGGAGGAGAAUGAACCUGCUGGUGAAGGCGCAGCGACGGAGGCGCUGGAUGGGGUCGAUGGAGUGAACAGGGCGAAACGGCGCCGGAAGGCUCGGGGAGCCACCGGCGACAUGACUGAUGAUGACCCUGCAAUCUUGGUUGCCGCUGCAAAUGCUGUGUAUGACAAGUCGUUCGAGUUGGAAAUCUUCAACGAUUUGAAUCUAUUUCUGGACCACGUGCGCAGAACUGCCGGUAUGGCGUCUCCAGGAAUCAACGAAGAAGAGGUGAAAAAUUUCAACAAGAAGAUUGUCAAAGAUAUGAACUCCUUUGCGUCAGAUUUUGAGGCGGCACAGUCGGCAAACGCACAGCAGACGCAAGCGAAGAAGCCACUCCCCGAGCGCCAAGUGCGCAUGAUGGUUGGACCCGCAGACACGCUUGGGCUGGACGGCCUCAUGAUGCAUGAGGUUGACGAGUCGCGUUGUACGACGUUGCAGUUUCUCAACAGAGGUGAGGUAGCCAAGAAGCCCCGGUUCGCUGAGAUUGGUCACGAUGAUAAUGCAAAGGCCAAGAGCCAACUGCGAAUUUCUGGACUCGCGAUUGUGGGUGCAAAGCUGCACUCCACUUAUGCUGGCUUCUUGCCAGUGAGGCUCGGCAGCAUUUAUUACCAUGCCUCAGGGGACAAGUUGUUGGCCGCGAUCGACAUCCAGGAGGCUAUUGACUGGUACCGCUCUACCAAGAAGUCUUCUGCGACUUCCUCUGCUGAUGCCGGUUUGCCGAAAGCUUACAGGGCCCUGGCCCUUGCCGGCCAGGAAGUGAUGACCUUCUUGGCCAAUCAGGACUUCGCAGCUCAGGAGGAUGAAUGUCGAGACGGUCUCCGAAGCCUCCGCAUGGGAUCGCUCUUGCCGGGAGACGUAGUCUACUUCCCUCCCUGCUGCUUGACCGUGGACAAAGCCCUAGCCCAGCACAACCUUGGUAUUCGUGCCACUUCCAUGUUCUUCAAUGCAACGGCAUACCGGGCUUAUCAACUUUACAGAACUGUGUACUCAGCGGAUAUGGGUGCGGAGGUGAUGUCCAUUGUGUUGAAUAAACUCAAGUUCAAUGAUGGCGUCGACGCUGGUGCUGCAGACGGUAACAUGAAAAAGUUGGCGGACAGGGAGGACAAGGUUAUCCCCGCUGGCUUCCACGAGGACACGGGUGUCCCCGCUGGCUUCCACGAGGCCACGGCCGCAGCCAAGAAAGGGUCUGCAGAUGAUGGUGACCACAAACUGCGGGCAAAGAUUGAAGCCUGGACAAAGGCUCAGACUGAGGAGCAUCUGGCUUUCGCAAAGAAUCAUGCUCGCUUCGAUGACUUCCUUCAGCACAUGUAUGACAUGUACUUCGGAGGUGAGGAGCCUGAUGCUGAAGAGUUUUCUUUCGGAGCUGAGGGCGGCGACCACCUGGAAGAUCUUAUCUCUUGGUUUCAGUUCCUUGCCAUUGGUUCUGCAGAUCGUGGUGGAAAGCCAGCCCCAGCGCUGGAGUGGGUUCCCACGAAUGCAGCAGAAGCCCUUUUGGCCAAAGCGGCAGAUGAAUCGGUUCAGCAGGCCAUGCUGACGCAGGGCCCGGGAAGUCUGGGUGUGAUGAGCCCUUCAGUGGGCGAGACAGCGGAAGCGGCAAAUCAUGAUCAGCAGACGAUUCCAGAUAAGGUGAAUUCCGAGCCACCCCAUUUGACGGAGGCGGCCCAUGCAGCGAGUCAGCAGAUGCAGGAUCUUGAUAAGGAGAUGGACCCCCCAGCAGCCCAGGUGACCGAUGAUGCGCCGAAUCCCGAGCAGGUCAAGGAUACGGAAGUUACGGAAGCGCCCGAUGCAGCGAGUCAGCAGAUGCUGCAGCCGGAAGAUAAGAUGAAUCCCGCGAACGCCAAUUUGGCGGAUGCGGCCAAUGCAUUGGCAGUGCCGGUGCAGCCGGAUGAUGCGAUGACUCCGGUCACGGCGACCGUCGCGGAUCAGACGGCGAACCCUCAAUCAAUCAACGAAGCGGCCGAUGCAGUGAAACAGCAGAUGCGGCAUCCGGAUGAUAUGAUGGAUUGCGAGGAAGCCAAUGUGGCGGAAGCGGCCGAGGAAGCAACGGUGCUGAUGCAGGAAUCAGAGCCAGAGGCAGAAGCGGAGGCAUCCGAAGCAGAGCCGGCAAAGGAAAAGGCCGCACCGGCCAAAUCGAAAGCAAAGGCAAAAGCCAAGGCCAAGGGUACUGCGGCCAAGGAUGAAGGCGACAUCAAAAGCUUCUUAAAGAAGUGA